CCAGAACAGUGCAGCCCCCUGUGCAGCCCGCGCAGGCCGUGCGAGGUCCGCGAUAGAGGAGCCGCCUCCGGAAUCGGCGUCCGCGGGGCCCGCACCACCUGCCCGCCCCGGCUGUGCUCAUUCUCGCGGCGCCGACUACCCAGCCGUCUUCUUGCUCCGUCUUCCCAGUCACUCUGCGUGUCGCACCCCGCGCUCGCGCCGGUUCCUGCCUGGGCCUACCCCAUUUUUGCACCGCAGGUGCUCAGGUUCUCGGUUACGCACACCUCCCUUCCCCCAGCCUACCAGUCUCAGCCUUUGGCGGCCCUCUGGCCAACAUGGUGCAACCGCAGACAUCAAAAGCUGAAACCCCAGCCCCUGCCGCGUCCACCAAUGCCCAGAUGGAUGACGUCAUCGACACCCUGACCUCCCUGCGCCUCACCAACUCGGCGCUGAGGCGGGAGGCUUCCACCCUGCGGGCAGAGAAGGCCAAUCUCACCAACAUGCUGGAGAGCGUGAUGGCGGAGCUGACCUUGUUACGCACCAGGGCUCGGAUCCCGGGGGCCCUGCAGAUCACCCCACCCAUCUCUGCAAUUACCUCCAACGGGACCCGACCCAUGACCACGCCUCCGACCUCUCUGCCCGAGCCCUUUUCUGGAGACCCCGGCCAGCUGGCAGGGUUCUUGAUGCAGAUGGACAGGUUCAUGAUCUUCCAGGCGUCCCGCUUCCCGGGCGAGGCCGAACGAGUGGCCUUCCUUGUGUCCCGGCUGACCGGGGAGGCCGAGAAGUGGGCGAUCCCGCACAUGCAGCCAGACAGCCCCUUGCGAAAUAACUAUCAGGGAUUCCUGGCAGAGUUGCGGAGAACCUACAAGUCUCCACUCCGGCACGCACGGCGCGCCCAGAUCCGGAAGACUUCUGCCUCGAACCGGGCCGUGCGGGAGCGGCAGAUGCUGUGCCGCCAGCUGGCUGCCACGGGCACAGGGCCCUGCCCCGUGCACCCAGCCUCCAAUGGGACCAGCCCAGCUCCGGCUCUGCCCACCCGAGCCCGGAACCUUUGAGAAUCGGCCACCACCCUGGUCGCGUCUGCAGCCACGCAGAUCCUUCGCUCCGUAGAAGAGACGUCCAUACCACAGCAUCGCGCUGGUUCGAAGACAUUCCUUCCUGCCUCUCCAGACCUGUUCCAGAAGGAGAUCUUCCUCGAUCACUGUUGGGCACCCUGUCCCCCACCUGGCUUCCUAGUAAUCGGCUAGCUUUGUACCUACA